AUGUCAAGUGGAGAUGAGUUCCUUGCCCGUCUUGCGGAAUUAGACCAGCAGAUGGAAGAGCACAAGGCGGCGGCCGAAAAGGAGGGCAAGUUUGUGCGUUUUGUUGGAAGCAUCGAUAUGGCCUCUCGCGAGGUUAAGGUGGGAAUGGAAUCAUUUCGGAAAGCGCAUCUUAUCGCGGCGCUACAGGGAAGCGAUAAUAUUAUCAGCUUUUAUACAAAGCGGUACAGCGAUAAUCCGCUCAUUGUGCAGGGAGUGGGUGCUGGUGGCGAUGUGACUGCUAUGGGUGUGCUGAGUGAUCUUCUUAAGCUGUUUUCUGAUAUUGCUUGGUGA